AAGAGGCGCCGCCUCCGCCGCCUCCUCUUCUUCCUCCUCCUCCUCCUCUUCCUCGUUCACCUCUCCUCUUUCCUCCUUCAGGUGGCGGCGUUGGCGGGGCUGCUCCUCCUGUCGCCGGUGAAGGGAGGCGGCGGCGCCGGCGCGACUCGCGCCAAAUAAGCGCCCGAGUCAGCGGAGCGCUGGGCGCCGGCGCGCGAAGAUGUUGCUCUCGCUGGUGCUGCACACUUACUCCAUGCGCUACGUGCUGCCCGGCGCCGUGAUGAUGGGCACCGCGCCCACCUACCUGCUGGCCUGGACAGCCUGGCGCCUCCUGUCCGCCUUGCUGCCCGCCCGCUUCUACCACCAGGUGGACGACCGGCUCUACACCCUCUACCAGAGCAUGGUCCUCUUCUUCUUCGAGAACUACACCGGCGUCCAGAUAAUCCUUUAUGGUGAUUUGCCAAAAACUAAAGAGAAUGUGAUAUAUAUAUCGAACCAUCAAUGUACAGUUGACUGGAUUAUAGCCAACAUGCUGGCCAUCAGGCAGAAUGCUCUUGGGCACGUUCGAUAUGUUUUGAAAGAUGGGUUAAAAUGGCUUCCUUUGUACGGGUGGUAUUUUGCUCAGCAUGGAGGAGUCUAUGUGAAACGAAGUGCCAAAUUUAAUGAGAAAGCAAUGAGGAACAAGUUGCAAGCCCAGACGAAAGCUAAGACACCGAUGUAUCUUGUGAUUUUUCCAGAGGGAACACGUUACAAUCCAGAGCUACCAAAAGUCAUUGCAGAUAGUCAAUCAUAUGCUGAGAAGGAAGGACUGGCAGUGUUGAAACAUGUUCUUACACCACGAGUGAAGGCUACUCAUGUUGCUGUUGAUUCAAUGAAGGACUAUUUGGAUGCCAUUUAUGAUGUUACAGUAGCAUAUGAAGGCACUGUGGAUCAAAAAGGACAAAGGAAAGUCUCACCAUCCAUGACAGACUUCCUUUGUAAGGAGUGUCCAAGAAUCCAUAUCUUUGUUGAUCGAAUUGAAUUAAAGGAUAUUCCAGAAGAACAGGUGUUUAUGAGAAGAUGGCUUCAUGAACGCUUUGAAAUCAAGGAUAAGCUGCUGAUAGAAUUCUAUGAUGCAAAAGAUUCUAAAAGAAGAAACAAAUUCCCUGGAAAAUGUGUUAAUUCAAAGCUAAGUCUCAAGAAAACUCUGCCAUCCUUACUGUUUUUAAGUGGCCUGACUGUUAGUAUGCUACUGACAGAAUCUGGAAGGAAACUUUACGUGAGAACAUGGAUAUACGGGACUUUAUUCGGCUGCCUGUGGAUAAGUGUUAAAGCAUAAGGAGAUUUUGCACUUGCUGUGAGUGGCGUUGCUGUCCUGUCUUGCACAUGGCAUCAGACUUUUUUCCUAAAUUUAUAAAGAAAAUGUAAAUAAAGCCUUAUUAAUGGAUCUUUGGAUGAAUUAGUACUUACGACCUAAAUCUGUUAUGGUCAGUGUGGAGAAUAUGUAUCUUUAAUUAUGCUCCUGGUUUUUUGAGAAAGCGCAGAUAACCAGACAAUUUAAUCUAGACAAUUUUUCCAUCAUGAACACAUAUCUGACUGCACUUGAUUGAACAGAAUAUGUGUUUAUAAAUAAAUAGCCUAAGUGGACCAGUGAAUGUAUUUGCUGAUAUUAUUUUAGGCAUAGGUAUUUAUCCCAAGACCAGAAUUUGUUGUUCUUUAUUUCUCUGCAGCAACUGUAUCACAGCUGUAUUGCAAACUGAACACCAAAGCUAAUCUAUUGUUUUUUUUCCUCAUUUAAUCCAGAUGUUUCUCACGUUUUCAACAACAAAAAAAUUAACAUGGAAAUGCAAUAAAAAGAGGAGGGUAUAUACUGUUUGGGGGAAAUGAUGUGUGGAAUGUUGUUUGUGUUAUAUUGCCAACUGCCUUCAUUUUUGUGUCCAGAAAUAUUCGUUUUUAAAUUUACAAGUUGCUGUUUUUAAAAAAAACACCCUGUGUUGGUGCGUAUAUGAUUAUAUAAGAGUAUGUCCAGAUUGAAGCUAGCUCAUUUCUAACCUUACCUGUGCUAGAUUUCCUGAAAUCUUUUGGAACAUGCUGGUAGAGCUGCUGGCUCAUAGUCUGUGUGCCAUAAACACCAGUAAACAUUCCAAAAUUUCCUGUUCCCUUAGGACUUACUUCACACAAGAUGUUUUGCCUACCUAGAAAUUGAUUAUCUUGUCAUAUCCUUUAUAUCAUGUUACUCAUGAAUACAGGUGGAUGUAUUUCUCUGACUAAACCAGUUGCAAACAAAGGUUAGGGUGGAAAAUGUCAUUUGUCAUCCCUGAAAUUACCCUGCACCACAUAGAACCAAGAGGAUGUGCACCAAAGUGAACAAUGCUGCUAUGCAGCUAAGAGCCUAUUUUAUAAUAAGGAAUAUCUAUGUGUUCAUGUCCAAGCAGAAAGCAUGUGCCUUUGCCUUCUGAUUAUGAAUUUAACGUGAUGAUUCAAAGUCUGAUCAUUAGGUAAUUAACUAUAAACCUAACUUUGGGGCAUUUCCAAAGCUUUCACAAGUAGGGUGCAUAUCUGAUGAACUGAAAAAACAUAACUCGAGGUAUGCAAUUUGUACUGUAGUGUAAUAGUGAGAUAUGCAUAUUCUAUUAUUAUUUUGCCUGUUUGAAAAUGCUUCUUGUCACUGGUUGGAGAUGUAUUACGAAAGCGUUACUGAUGUUAGGGGGCUAAUUCAACUGUAUGCAGUAGGGGAAGAAAUUAUCUUUCGUAUUAAUUAUUUCAUAUAAAAGAAAAAAGUCAUUGAGAAAAAAACCAAGAUUCUCCUGUCACAAUGGAAAAAGAUGAAAAUAUACGUUUAUCUUUUUGAAUUUUUCAUAUAUAAUUUCUGUUGGCUUUUAUGAGACUUGAAUUGUUUUAAGGCACAACAUGAACUACAAUGGUUGUGUUCUAGAUUUAUAUAAUAUUAAACGUGUUUGUUACUAAC